AUGCAUUCAGCAGCAGAGGCGCAGGACGCUGCUGCUGCUGCUGCUGCAGCAGAGCACCAGCAGCGCGAACGGGUGGAGGCCGAGCUCGCAGAUGAGGACCUCGACAGGAUGAUGGCGGAGAGGGUGGCGUUCGAGCCGGAGGUCGAGACGUUUUUGCGGGAGCUGUACGACAAGCUGUACGUGCGGUGUACAGACAGCGUGCGCCGCCUCUACGAAUUCGACUAUCCUUCACUUUCCGAAAAGUUUUUUUCUUCUUCUCCCUGGCCCUCGGUCGAGCUGGUGGGGGACUUCUACAGGGACUACCAGCGCUACCACUCGCUGAUCAUGACGCUCUACAAGGAGCUUUACUACCGCCACCUCUUCCUCAGAUGCCCCGACCUGGCCACCUGGGAGCACCGCCGGGACUCGUGGAACAACUACGCGCUGCUGGUGGAGUUUCUAGCCGACACAACUUUGGCCAAAGACCGGGAAACAAUAACUUUGCCGCUGCAGUGGGUGUGGGACAUGCUCGACGAAUUUGUUUACCAAUUCCAAGAGACCAGCCGCUGGCUGCAGCGCCGCUGCAAAAGCCUCGCAGACUCCCCCGACAGAAAGAGGCUCAUCGCCGAACUCGAAGGCGACCUGGAGGUGUGGCCGGCGUUUCGAGUGUUUGAGCUGCUGCAGAAGGUGGUGCAGCAAAGUGGCAUUAAGGAGCAGCUGCAGCAGCAGCGCGCAGACCCCAUGGCCCCCAAAGCAGCAGAAACAGAGCUUGGCUUCCAGCUGGGCUACUUCGCACUUAUUCUCCAGCUCAAGCUGCACGUCCAGGUGGGCCUGUUCCACGCGGGCGUUGCUGCUGUCAACGACAUUGAGCUGAGUCCCAAGGCCUUUUACUGGAGAGUUCCAGUGGCUCAUUACUCUUUCAUUUUCCACCUCGGCUUCGCCUACAUGAUGCUUAGGCGCUACCAAGACGCAAUCCGCGUGAUGUCUCAGGCGCUGCUGGCGCUGUCGCGGCAGCGGGGGCAGCUAGCCAGCAGCAGCAGCUACCAAGGAGCUUCCAUGAGCCGCUCUGCUGACCGCAUGCAUGUGCUGCUGCUGCUGUGUUCGAAGCUGAGUGGCAUCAAGCUCGACGACUCCAUUCACCAAACCAUCAAGGAGAGGCACAGCGACAAGUUCUACAAGCUGCAGCAAGACACGGAGGAGGCCUACUGCGAGCUGUUCACGUGGGCAGCGCCGCGCUUCAUCGAUCCUGCUGCUCCUCCCACUUACGACGACGAGGCCUUCGACAGAUUCGUCUCCGGCAAGUCCGAGAUUCGCGUCCGCGUCUGCAAACUCUUCCUCAAGGACGUGGAGAGCCGCCGCAAGGUUAAUACGAUCAACUCCUUCACCAAGCUCUAUCACAACAUACCCCUGGCGAAGCUGGGCCGGCUGAUGGACGAGAGCUCGGAAGACCCCGAGGGGGAAGUGCGUUCGGGGCUGAUGUGUUUGAAGUUGAAGAGCCAGCAGAAAGUGUGGCGUUCGGGGCCUUUGUUAUCUGGGGAGUUGACGCAGCCGCACGUGGAGGCGCUCAUGGACUUCAAGAUCGACGGCGAAAUGCUCCACGUCAAGAAUCAACAAACCCAAAGAGUCUACGUGGACUACUUUGUCAAACAAAUCGAAAGAAGCGACGCGCUGAUGUUAGCAGCGCAGCACGCGGUGGUGGCUCCGGCCCCACAGCUGCAGCAGCUGCAGCCGCUGCAGCCGCUGCAGCAGCCGCAGCAGCUGCAGCAGCUGCAGCAAGACACCCCCGCCAACGCCAGAGACCGCCGCAAGCCCCAAGUCGCAUUCUAA